AUGGCUUCCAGCACCGCGACUGGGCUCGCCAUUACCAAUCCUUUGGUGAAAUAUCGAGCUCUCGUCGCUACCAAAGCCAUUGCUCCCGAUGCGGCCCAACAUCGACUUGCCAUUCACUUGUCUAAAUUGUAUGAUCSUCUAAAGGACUAUGAGCCKGAAAUCGAAUACAGCCAUCGUCUAGAUCAGAUCUCCCGAUCCCUGGAUUCAGAUGCCCAGCAAAAUGCGCCAUCUUCACGUCAGAGCGCAUGGCGUUCGUUCCUGUCCACCAGAGCAAGCAGAGAUAGUCUAGCCUUGACCAGGAGAUUCACUUCACAUGAAAGUGCAAUGAAUCUUAGCUCCCCGAAAGGCCUUAUGUUACACGGCGAAGUGGGAACAGGAAAAUCCAUGCUUGUUGAUCUCUUUGCGGAUUGUCUUCCAAACAGGAAGAAGAAGCGAAGCCAUUUCAACACUUUCAUGCUAGAGACUUUCGCCAAGCUCGAGGGAUUCCGUGCAACGCGAGGCAGAGGCUCAGGGGCAAGUGUAUUCGCGGCAGACGAUCAUUCACUCCUAUGGCUCGCAAAGGACAUGAUUCAGACAUCCCCGAUAUUGUUCCUAGACGAGUUCCAGAUGCCAGAUAGGGUCGCCAGCAAGAUUCUCACCAACCUCAUGACUGGCUUCUUUCAAUUAGGUGGCGUUUUGAUUGCUACCAGUAAUCGCAUGCCGGAAGAACUGGCGAAAGCUGCCGGAGUUGGAUUCGCGCCUGCACCACAACGAAGCUUUGGUUGGAGUUUAGGAAUCCGGAAGCAGGGUCCAGGCGUGGGUAUGUACGGAGGGUACAACGAAUUUGCUGCAUUCUUAGAUGUGCUGAAAGCAAGAUGCGAGGUGUGGGAGGUAGAGGGAGGAAGGGACUGGCGAAGAGUCGACAGUAACAGCAUUGCACCCAUCAAAGGGAUAGAUCUCCCUGAAGAUGCCCGAAAUGAGGUGGAACAUGAGUCCGUGGAGCCAGAUGAGAUUCCAGACAACGAGCUCUCGGUCAUCAUGCCAGAUCACUUCAAGAUCAUCACUGCCGAGUCUGAUGCCCAGAGAGCAGCGGACGACGCAGUAGGUACUUCUCUAGGAGACAGCAAUGUGGCAUGGUCUCCUGCGACUAUGAAGGUAUAUGGUCGCCCAGUACACGUCCCGCGUGCCUACAAAGGCGUCACAAAAUGGACCUUCGACGAGCUAUGUAAAGCCGCCCACGGACCUGCAGAUUACAUAUCUCUGGCUUCGACAUACCAUACUCUGAUUCUCACCGAGGUCCCUGUACUCACUUGGCUCAUGAAGAAUGAGGCGAGGCGUCUAAUUACGCUAUUGGACGCUCUCUACGAAUGCCGAUGCAAACUAUUCGUCAGCGCCGCAGCUGGCCCCGACGACAUAUUCUUUCCCGAAGAGCAGAAACGAAAAGAAGGCGAUGAAGAGGGCGACUCGGUGUACUCGGAGACACUUUCAGAAGUAUAUCAGGAUGCUACAGCACCGUUCCGGCCCAACAUCCUGACUGAGAACCCAAACUAUGCUGAGCCACAAGAAGAGCCGGAUUACACCCAUGCUCGCUUAUCUGGUUUAUUACGAGCCGACGCGCUCGAGGACGACGCGCCAGGCGGCAACACUUCCCGCGGUGCCAAAGGCGGUUCUGCGAGCAACCCGUUCGGUCGAUCUUUUGGAAAAACCGAUGCAGAGAUGCAGCGUGCGCCCGUCGACCACGAUGAGGUCCGAUAUACCGCCCGGCCUAAUUUCCAAAAGACUAGCGCUUUCACCGGCGAAGAUGAGAGAUUCGCAUACAAGCGAGCGCAGAGUCGUUUGUGGGAGAUGUGCAGCUCGCGCUGGUGGGCUAGAGCUGAAGAAGGUUGGCAUAGACCCACACCCAAGGAGACCAGGAGAUGGGAGACCGACUCACUGUCAUCAUCAAUUAAUUCUACGCAGUCGACGGCGCGCGGGACCGAGAUCAAGAUGGGUGGUGCUAUAGCUGAUGAAUCGAGACCAGCCGAGAGCUUCAAGCCGGUCAAGCCGAAGGAAGAGCAGCCAAAGAAGAUUGGUUGGACGCACUUUUGGGGCACUAUAAAAUGGCCUGGCACUCGUGCCGGCGCCUGGGGACAAGGUCCUGAUGGUCUGAAAUCACGGGGAAACGAGAAACGUUGA